AUGGCAGCUUAUACGGACCAUCUUGAACAUACUAAUAUUUACAAUCGUGACCUUGAUGAUAGUGAAGAGAGCGAUGGAGAAGGAGGCUUUGGAAACUUGAACCGUCUGAUAGUGCGGCCUCCAGGCCACAGUGGAAAAGCCAAACGGGGCCAGCUCUGUUUCGACGCGGCCUUUGAGUGCGGGAACCUGGGUAGAGCUGAUCACAUCACUGAAUUAGAAUAUGAUCUCUUCAUCAGACCAGAUACGUGUAGACCACGGUCAAGAUUUUGGUUUAAUUUCACUGUUGAAAAUGUUAAACAGGAUCAGCGAGUUAUUUUUAACUUUGUUAACAUGGGAAAGGAACACACGUUACUCGAUACCGAUAUGACACCUCUGGUACGGUCCACUUCACGACAAAAAUGGCAAAGAAUACCACGUCGUCUGAUUUUCUAUCAUCGCUCAUUAAUUCACCGUGGGCGCAAAAUCUUCAGCUUCGCGUUUGCCUUCGACCGAGAAGAGGAUGUGUACCACUUCGUAGCCUCGGCCCCGUACUCGUACUCACGCCUUCAAAAGUAUUUGACAGCUUGGGAGAACCGGGCUCAAGCGUUUGCUACCAGGGAGUCUAUUGCUACUACUACGCAAAAAAGGCGUGUCGAUCUCUUAACAAUAGGAGAUUUCAGCGUAAAAGAAAAGGAAGUUUUCGAGGAGCAACUUCAACACUCCAAGGGUAAAGCGGUGGAGCCGAAGAAACGUGUAGUGAUCAUAAUAGCCCGUUCUCACGGCGGCGAGUCGCCUUCUUCUUACGUUUGCCAAGGUUUUCUGGACUAUGUCGUAAGCUCUUCCGAAAAGUCUCGCGCGUUACGUAAUGGAAUUGUUAUUCAGGUGAUUCCCAUGCUAAACCCCGAUGGGGUGUUCCUGGGCAACCACAGGUCAGACCUUCUCGGUUCUGACCUCAACCGUUGCUGGAAUAAGUCUACCUCUUAUUCGCAUCCAGCCCUAGUCGCCGUUAACGAUAUGAUCAAGAAACUUUCUUGUGAGAAGGGAGUACAACUGGAUUUCAUCAUAGAUCUUCACGCUGAUGUAAGCCACGAGGGAGUGUUUGUAAGAGGGAACUCUUACGAUGACGUCUUUAGAUUCGAACGUCAUGCGGUACUUCCCAAGUUCCUUGGGGCACGAAUUGAAGCAUGGCAGCCAGAAAAUUGCCUGUUCAACACAGAUCACAACCUGGCAGGUAGCGCGCGCCGCACUUUGCCCACUGGACUCGCAGACGCUUACUCGCUCAAGGUCUCUAUGGGUGGCCGCCGACUCUCUCCCAAAGGACCUUACAUUCAUUACACGGAAGACGCUUAUACAAAAAUAGGCAGAUCCCUGGUGAAAGCCCUCUGCGAUUACUACCGGCAUAUAGGUGUGAUUCCACCACGUGUGCCAGUUUCUAAGAAGAAAGAUUUACGUGGCAGGCGCCGUCGGAGGCGACCGCCUCGUGAACGAGAGAGAUCUCCAAGUACUUCCCCCGAGCGGCGAGUGUUACCAGCGCGCGUGCUAACUCCCCCACUACCACCUGCCUCACCCCCCGCGCUACGAGCGCUGCCACCCCGUCUCACGCGUCAUCACGUACUACGCUCCAGGCCCCGAAAUGUACCAGAUAUCGAUCACGUGCUUCCCAUUGUUACUGGCACCGCUGUGCCUCCUCGGCUGGCAGUGGUGGAUCUAAGCGCGCAUAUUCGCGCGCCGGCUACUCUCGGAGCACGGCGAGCGCCCCUACACGGCGCAAGAAUUGCGCGCCCACCGCGACCAUCGCAUGGCCGCUUCACCAGCGACGAAUAUGACACGCACGACUCGGACUCUUAACUCCUCGAGAACGAAGUGCCAUUACUGGGUUGUAACCAGUGCCUUAUUUUCAUUUAGAGAUUUUUCUGGAA